GCUGCCAUUCCUACAAACCAAGGGACCGUGUUCCGACACCUCUCAUAAGGCGCUGCACUGCUGCUGUGUCGAUGGCGGAUGCUAGGGUUUCCAUUUUGCACUAGACGCAUGGAAUUGGUGCUCCUUCGUCAGCGCGAGAUUGUGUGCCGGAGAAGAGAGUCGGGGGAAGGUGUGUGCUUGCGGAAUUCAGUGCAGGAUCGGGGUGGGAGACUCGAUUCAGGGGGGAUACGGGGCCAUCGGAGGUGGUGGAACGGAGUUACGAGGCGCGUUGUUAGAGGAAAUGUCUUUUUAUUCGAUCAAGCGCUGAUGGUGAUGUCUAGUGUAUCCGAGGUCUGUGCAUAUGGUGUUUAUUGGUUUCUUUUUAAUAUUCCUUUUUCACUUUUGAAGAAGGCGCAGUAAUUUUUCAUUUUAGCUUGUAGAUAUAGUUAAAUUGUAGCUGUGAAUACUACAUUCGGUGAAAAACUUGCCAAGUAGAAUGAAAAAGUCUGCUGACAAAAGCAAUAAAAUGGAAGACGCGGAAGUCACUCCUAAUGACAACACGCAACCUUCCUCUCGGUCAAGUCGCGACGAAUUCUUUGAUGCUUCUCAGUAUGCGUUCUUUGGAAGAAACGUAUCUCAAGAAGUUGAACUAGGAGGUCUGGAGGAAGAAGACGGUGGAGAUCAGUUUGAAGAUGGAGAGGAUACACUUGAUAGUCUCGUUGACAGGGACGAGUUAGCAGGGCAAGAUGCUGGCGCUGAAUGGGAUAGCGUGUCAGAUCUCACUUCCUCCUUUGCUAAGCUCAACAGUGCAUCUCCUCGAAGAGAAGAAGUGCCUCGCAGUGGGUUGGAUGAAGGAAGGCAGUUUCUGUCGAAUAGAGAUGCUGCAGUUCCACGUGAACGAUCAUUUGAGACGGCUCCUGCGCACAAUUGGCUAGAAAGGUCAAUUGUGGAUAGGGAAGUUGAUGCUGGUGCAAGAAAGUGGUGGCCCAAUCAUCAGCACCAGCCUGUUCAAGGACUGGAUUUUGAUGGUAUGCCCUUGGGACCUCCUGUUCAUCAGCAGCCAGGACAAGCACAGUUACGGCAGCAACAGUGGUGGAAUAAUGAUCCUAGUCUUCCUCAUAUGUCACCUCCUAGCGCACUGGAAGGGGCUUAUCCUCCUGCCAGGGCACAUCAGCGAGCUGCAACUCCGCCUGGCCAUCAAUCAGGACAAUAUAGACAACCCAUGGCUGCCCCUUCCAACUUGGCUCAUAUUGGUGGGGGUGUCAUUCCUUCUCACAUCGUAUACGGCCCUGGACAGUCACCUUUUACUUCUGCCGGUCACAUUUUACCUACUGUGCAACCUCAAUCUGGGCCUUGGGCGCAACGGCCAUCUGUUUCAGCAGUCCCUGGAAAUUCUGUACCUCAGCAAAUGCCACUCAUGCCUCCACAAGUGAUGUUACAGUACAAUAGACAACAACCCCCUCUCCAUUCUAGCCCGCUUCCACCCUAUGGACAGAUUCCAUAUGGAGGUUCCCCGCCACCUGGAGCAGAUCAUGCUAUGCAGAAGAUGAAUGAAGCUGGGAUGCCACGCGAGUUUUGGGAUCAAAGAGAACAACGCUUUGACCCACAGUUUCGGCCAAGGCAGAAUCAUCACCGUAAUCAUCCUCAAAAUCUUCCAUCCGAUGGAGGCAGGGCUGUUCAGAAUGGCCUUCAUCAUUUUAGGUCAAAGUACAUGACCGCAGAAGAGAUUGAGAAUAUAGUACGAAUUCAGUGGGCUGCAACACAUGGGAGUGAUCCGUACAUUGAUGACUAUUAUCACCAGGCAGUGCAAGCGAAGAUGGCAGGAGGCACUCCCCACGGGCGUCGCCACUUUGCACCCUCCCACCCUCGUGACAUGCCUUCACAUGCUAGAGCAGCUGCUGAACCUCACGCUUACCUUCAGCUGGAUGCCCUGGGCAGAGUCCCGUACUCUUCGAUUCGCAGACCGCGACCUCUCUUGGAGGUUGAUGCAGCCCGUUCUGAUGGGAUGAAUAUGGGUGACCACGUCAAUGGAGAUUUAGGCAUUGAGGGAAUGUCACCUCAAAGACCUUUAGAACAAGAGCCAAUGCUAGCAGCUCGGAUUGCUGUAGAGGAUGGCUUGUGUCUCCUUCUCGACGUCGACGAUAUAGACAGGCUCCUUGCUGUUCAGCAACAUCCUGACGGAGGUGCCCAGCUUCGUAGGCGUCGCCAAAUUCUUCUGGAGGGACUGGCUUCAUCUCUGCAAUUAGCUGAUCCUCUGGGGAACACCUCUGAUUUGGGAAAUCGUAUUCUGAAUGGACGAUUUGUGGGACUCAACCCCAAAGACGACCUUGUCUUUCUUCGGUUAGUGUCAUUACCUAAGGGAAAGAAGCUUCUGACUAGGUACCUGCAGUUGCUCAACCCUGGGAGUGAACUUGUACAGUUGGUAUGUAUGGCAGUUUGUCGACACUUGCGGUUUUUGUUCAGUGGUCCCCAGUCUGAUGCUGGCGCAGCUGCUACUACAGCUGCCUUGGCUAACGCGGUUGCCUUGGCUGUAUUGGGCAUGGACCUUCCGUCCUUGAGCGCUUGUUUACUCUCUGUCGUGCUCGCAAGCGAGGCUGCUCAUCUUCGCCCAAUAGGUGCUCCAGCCGGUGACGGGGCAGCCGUUAUACUUAGAUCACUAUUAGAAAAGGCGAGCAUGGUGAGGAGGGACAGACAUGCCUUCCAUACCCCACAGAGCCUUACUAUAUGGCAGCAUGCUUUUGACGCAUUUUUUUCUGUACUUACGAAGUACUGUACCAAUAAGUAUGACAGCGUGAUACACUCUUUAAUGAUGUUGUAUCCCGGAAAUAUACCGGCUAUCAAUACCGCUGCGGAUGAAGCUUUGAAGAAAGAAAUUCCUGUCGAGCUGCUUCAAGCGACUCUUCCGCACACGAGUGAACAACAGAGGAAGCUGCUGUAUGACCUUAUCACUAACCGGGCUGGUGCUAUGAGUGGUCUAUCUAACCAGUCAGCGGACAGUCAUUCGAGUAACACUGCUACCGUACGUGGCUAACUACAGGUCAUCCUGCAGCUUGAUCACGCAGAUUAAAACAACUGGAGUACCAAGCAUGUGGAUAACAUUUUAAUGUAAGUCCCGAGAGUUUCCUCUGCUUGUGCCAUUCUUUGUACACUGCUGAAGAUUAUAUCGUCCACCCUUUUCCUUGCUCUGCAUGGCUUUGGGGGUUUAGCUUGUAAAAUUAUGAUAGACAUGCGUGAUAUUGCUAUGCUUUGAAUUUAGUUCAGUUCCCUGAGAAUAGUUUAGAGAGAUUGCAGAAGGUUAGAGAAGAUCUAGGAAAUGCUAUGCAGAUUGAACAUGGGAAUCAUACCAAAUAGUAGGAUGCAUAAAAGGGCAUGUAAGAUUUUGUGUGGGUGUGAGCAAUUGGAAGGAGGAAUAAGGAGAGUGCAAUUGGGCAUCCCCAUCCGUAAAUAUAUUACUAGCGGUUUGUAGACAGCGGAUACUUCGAAACAUUUUAGAUACUGCAGAUUAUCAACACAGAUGAUGAGAAUAGAGUUUUUACUAGACGCUGCAUCUGAAACGCAAGCGUCGCUACACUCUUGUUUUGCCUCGUGAAGAUUGGCAGGAGGGUGCUAUGUCGCCCUCACCCAUUAUCGCUGGUUAAUGUUUAUGUGAAAGCUAGAACAUCUUCAUUCAGUAUUUUUGCCAUGAUGUUUACUCUGGCCAAUAUGACAGUUCAAAGUAUUUACCUAUUAUCAA